UAAACGCAAUGAAGAGGAACCAAACAUUUCUACUGAUCGUCCUAGCGAUCUUCGUGGUUGCUGUCAAUGGACGAGUUUACUACUUGCCGACUCUGGAUGAGAAUCGAUAUUCAGGCUUAACUUAUCCCAUUCCAAACGAACAAUCUUCGCGAGAUUUGGAUCUGAACUUUUCUGCCGGGGACGCGGACGAGCUUGAUAACAAGAUACGUCCUGUUAAAAGGGUGUACACGGUCAUGGGGCCGGAAAAGCCGUUCAUCGAGGUGAACAAAGAGGAGUUACCAAUCACGCGCUACAAAUUAGUCGAAGCACCUGUUAAGGGAUUGGACAAUGUCAUCGUUGUACCGGAGUCGAGCCGCAAAUCGGUGAAAAUCGAUGGGAACAACAAGGGUGAAGUGAUCUUGGAGCUCCGUGUUAUCGCGAACCAUGACACCGUUUGAAUAAUUUUGUCAAAGGAAAAAAGAUCAAUGGAACAAAUAUAGCGAAAUACUCUAAUUUUAAUGUUAAUAUUCAUAAAAUAUUGCA